CACAUCAAAAUCACCGUAUUACUUUUGCAACUUUGACAAAAGGUAACACCAGCCUAGGCCCUCAUUGUUCUGACGUGACCAUAGAAGACAGAAUUACAACUUUAAAACAGAAAUGGUUUGGGGUUCACUGGCACUUUAAUUUAAAAGUACGAGCGGCGACGGUUUAGGCAGAGAGCGGGAGGGGGCUGGCUCUAAACCCGAACUGUAGUAGCAUGUGCGGGCGGUAGUCUGCACUACUGUACACGGUGGUGGUACUCGCGGUUUAGCGCCACAAAGCUGUCAGUCUCGGCAGCCCUGUGAGAAGAAGGCGGGGUGCUCGUUUUGAACCAACCUCGUGAAUCACAACACCGGACCGCGGACAGCCAGCCAGACGCACAGACAUUCAGGUUGUAGAGUAGCUGAGAGAGGCUGUUCUUCUGGGGGAACUACUGAAGGAAUGUGCGUCGCAUCGGCACAACGUUGUUGCGUGAGGAACUGAGGUAGACGGGUCGGUUUCCAGACGUCAGAGUCUCUCGAAGUUAAGCGCUCAAUGACCGGACGUAGAUGAUUCAUUAUUGUAUAUAACUCCGCGUAGUUGUGGUGAAGUGACAGCCGAGGGAACAGGGUGCAGGCUGCAUGAAUGAAACGCCGCCGCCGCACGAGCAGCUCGCUUAAGGGUAUAAUAUCGCAUUUUUCUAGGAAUUGAAAGGGAACUACAUCUUCUACAUCUUCAGCAUCUGUGAGGAACAUCGUGGUGCCAGACUUUCGUCCUCUGGAUCUGAGCAUCAGUUUCUGUAGCAGCCACGCUGGAGGGAAUUACUCAGAAACCAAGCUGGAAAUAAGAGAAACAUGUGAAGACCUGCGCCCAGCCUCAACCGCACAGAAAGCCUCCGGUGUCACAAAGGUGAAGGUUUCUCCGCUGACUCCACUGCAUUGUGCUACUGCUGCUGUACCUGCCUCGCGGGCCCAGUUAGACAUGGAGGACCGGCGGAACACACACAGGACUUCAUUAGCCAGGCCCACGGUAGGAACUCUGGCCGCUCUCCUGGGCUGCUGCUGCUGCUGGCUUCUAGCUGUCCCUACCUCAUGCAACGGACAAACGUUUACCACCUUCCACCCUGAGCGCAAGGAGUGGGCCUUCAACCACCUGACGGUCCACCAGAACACGGGGGCCCUGUACCUCGGAGCGGUCAACCGCGUGUACAAACUGUCCGGGAACCUCACCCUGCUGGUGUCCCACGACACGGGCCCGGAGGACGACAACAAGGCCUGCUACCCCCCGCUGAUUGUGCAGCCGUGCUCGGAGCCCCUGGUGGCCACCAACAACGUCAACAAGCUCCUCCUCGUCGACUACUCUCAGAACCGGCUGCUGGCCUGCGGCAGCCUCUACCAGGGCGUGUGCAAGCUGAUGCGGCUGGACGACCUCUUCAUCCUGGUGGAGCCCUCCCACAAGAAGGAGCACUACCUGUCCAGCGUCAACCAGACUGGGACCAUGUACGGGGUGAUCGUGCCCUCGCAGGGCCAGGACGGCACCCUGUUCAUCGGCACGGCCGUGGACGGCAAGCAGGACUACUUCCCCACCAUCUCCAGCCGCAAGCUGCCCCGCGACCCGGAGUCCUCCGCCAUGCUGGACUACGAGCUGCACACGGACUUCGUGUCGUCCCUCAUCAAGAUCCCGUCGGACACUCUGGCGCUGGUGUCGCACUUUGACAUCUACUACGUGUACGGCUUCGCCAGCGGCAACUUUGUGUACUUCCUGACGGUGCAGCCCGAGACCCCUGAGAACAGCAUGUCGUCCAGCGGCUCGGCCAGCGACCUCUUCUACACCUCGCGCAUCGUGCGCCUCUGCAAGGACGACCGCAAGUUCCACUCCUACGUGUCGCUGCCCGUGGGCUGCGUGAAGAACGGCGUGGAGUACCGGCUGCUGCAGGCCGCCUACCUGGGCAAGCCGGGCCGCGUGCUGGCCGCCUCGCUCAACAUCAGCGCGCAGGACGACGUGCUGUUCACCGUCUUCGCCAAGGGCCAGAAGCAGUUCCACCGGCCCCCCGAUGACUCGGCGCUCUGUGUGUUCAGCAUCCGGGACAUCAACGCCCGCAUCAAGGAGCGCCUGCAGUCCUGCUACCAGGGGGAGGGCCACCUGGAGCUCAACUGGCUGCUGGGGAAGGACGUGCAGUGCACCAAGGCGCCGGUGCCCAUCGACGACUCCUUCUGCGGGCUGGACAUCAACCAGCCGCUGGGCGGCUCCCAGCUGGUCACCGGACACACGCUGUACACCGAGUCCCGCGACCGCAUGACCUCCGUCACCGCCUACGUCUACAACGGCUACUGCGUGGCCUUUGUGGGCACCAAGAGUGGACGACUGAAGAAGAUCCGGGUGGACGGGCCCCCCCACGGUGGAGUCCAGUACGAGACCAUAUCCGUCAUCAAAGAUGGCAGCCCCGUCCUGCGAGACAUGGCCUUCUCCCUGGACCGCAACUACCUCUACGUCAUGUCUGAGAGACAGGUCACCCAGGUGCCCAUCGAGUCGUGUGAGCAGUACGGGACGUGUGGAGAGUGCCUGAGCUCCGGGGACCCCCACUGUGGCUGGUGUGUCCUGCACAACAUGUGUUCCCAGAGGAGCCGCUGCGAACGCGCCGAUGAGCCUUACCGAUUCGCCGCCGCUCUCAGCCAAUGUGUGAGGGCCACCGUCUACCCGGACAGCAUUGCCGUGUCAGAGCCCAGCGUGCCCCUGCUGGUCAGAGUGAGCGACGUCCCCGACCUGUCGGCCGGCAUCAGCUGCUCCUUCGGCAACCUGACGGAGUCGGAGGGCAAGGUCAGCGGGAACCAGAUCCUCUGUGUCUCCCCUGCCGCCAAGGACGUGCCCGCCAUCCCCGCCGACCAAGAUUGGUCCGGUGUGGAGCUGAGGCUCAACUCCAAGGAGACGGGUCAGAUGCUGAUCAGCACAGAGGUCAAAUUCUACAACUGUAGCGUUCACCAACUGUGUCUGUCAUGUGUGAACAGUGCCUUCCGCUGCCACUGGUGCAAGUACCGCAACCUGUGCACCCACGACCCGUCCAGCUGCUCCUUCCAGGAGGGACGAGUCAACGCCUCUGAGGACUGUCCUCAGCUGGUGCGCUCCGAGGACAUCCUGAUCCCGGCCGGGGAGGUGAAGCCCAUCACGCUGAAGGCCCGGAACCUGCCCCAGCCCCAGUCGGGCCAGCGGGGCUACGAGUGUGUCCUCCACAUCCAGGGGGUCAGCCACCGCGUUACCGCGCUGCGCUUCAACAGCUCCAGCGUGCAGUGCCAGAACAGCUCGUAUCUCUAUGAAGGCAUGAAGAUCAGUGAGCUGCCUGUGGAUUUCUCAGUGGUGUGGAAUGGAAACUUUAUAAUCGAUAACCCGGAGAACAUCCAAGUGCACCUCUACAAGUGCGCGGCGCAGCGCGACAGCUGCGGCAUGUGUCUGAAGGCGGAGCGCAAGUUCCAGUGUGGCUGGUGCAGCGGCGAGGGACGGUGCACCCUGCGGCACCACUGCCCGCCCAUGAACCCCUACACCACCCGCUGGCUGCACCUGGCCAGCAGGAACGUCAAGUGCACCAACCCCCGCAUCACCGAGGUGACGCCGGUGGCCGGACCUCCCGAGGGGGGGACGAGGGUGACCAUCCAUGGGAUGAAUCUGGGUCUGUCCUUCGCGGACAUGGUGGGCAACGUGGAGGUGGCCGGCGUGAGGUGUGUCCCGGUGGAGGAGGGCUACAUCAUCGCUGAACAGAUCGUGUGUGAGAUGGACCCCGCCCCGCCAGAGAGCCGGCCCGGACCCAUCCAGUUGUGUGUGGGGGAGUGCCGGCCAGAGCUGAAGACCCGCUCUUCUCAACUCUACUCUUUCGUGAUGCCCUCGGUCACAGGCCUUACUCCCAGCAGAGGUCCAGAGUCCGGCGGGACCAAAGUGACCAUCCUGGGGGACAACCUGGGGGCCGGCAGCAACGUCAGCGUGCAGUUUGGCAACCAGACCUGCGAGUUCUACGGCCGCACCAUGACGGAGAUCGUGUGCUACUCCGCCCCCUCCCAGGCGGGGGUGGGCCCGGUGCAGAUCAGCGUGAGCGUGGACCGCGCCCAGGUCCGGGAGAGCCUGAGCUUCGAGUACAUCGAGGACCCCACCGUGGCACGCAUCGAGCCUGAGUGGAGCAUCGCCAGUGGCCACACCCCCCUGAUGGUGACUGGAACCAACCUGGACGUGGUUCAGGAGCCCCGCAUCCGGGUGAAGUACGGCGGCCGGGAGUCUGUCAACGUGUGCAAGGUGGUCAACAGCACCUGCAUGAGCUGCCUGGCCCCCUCCCUGAUGGGGGACUACCCCCUGGGCCCGGACACGGUGAAGCACGCCGACGAGUUUGGCUUCGUGUUCAACAACGUGCAGGCGCUGCUGGUGUACAACAGCACCAGCUUCCUCUACUACCCCAACCCCUACUUCGAGCCCCUCAGCUCCACCGGGGUCCUGGAGCAGAAGCCUGGCUCGCCCAUCAUCCUCAAGGGCAGGAACCUGGUGCCCCCCGCCACGGGCGGCGUGAAGCUGAACUACACGGUGCUGAUCGGGGACACGCCCUGCUCCGUCACCCUGUCAGAGAGCCAGCUGCUGUGUGAGCCCCCCAACCUGACGGGGCAGUACAAAGUGAUGGUCCAGGUGGGCGGUCUGCAUGUGUCGCCGGGCGCGGUCAACAUCCUGUCCGACAGCCUGCUCACGCUGCCGGCCAUCGUCAGCAUCGCGGCGGGCGGAGGCCUCCUCCUCAUCAUCGUCAUCCUCGUGCUCAUCGCCUACAAGCGCAAGUCCCGCGAGAACGACCUGACGCUGAAGAGGCUGCAGAUGCAGAUGGACAACCUGGAGUCCCGCGUGGCCCUGGAGUGCAAAGAAGCCUUUGCGGAGCUUCAGACGGACAUCAACGAGUUGACCAGCGACCUGGACCGAGCCGGCAUCCCCCACCUCGACUACCGCACCUACGCCAUGAGGGUGCUUUUCCCUGGGAUAGAGGACCACCCCGUCCUACGAGAGCUGGAGGUGUCUGGGACCGGGCAGCAGGCUGUGGAGAAGGCCCUGAAGCUGUUCGGCCAGCUGAUCAACAACAAAGUGUUCCUGCUCACCUUCAUCCGCACGCUGGAGAUGCAGCGCUCCUUCUCCAUGCGCGACCGCGGCAACGUGGCCUCGCUCAUCAUGACGGCGCUGCAGGGCCGCCUGGAGUACGCCACCGACGUGCUCAAGCACCUGCUGUCCGACCUCAUCGACCGCAACCUGGAGAGCAAGAACCACCCCAAGCUGCUGCUAAGGAGGACGGAGUCGGUGGCAGAGAAGAUGCUGACUAACUGGUUUGCCUUCCUACUUCACAAGUUCCUAAAGGAGUGUGCGGGGGAGCCUCUCUUCAUGCUGUACUGCGCCAUCAAGCAGCAGAUGGAGAAGGGCCCCAUCGACGCCAUCACCGGAGAGGCCCGCUACUCGCUCAGCGAAGACAAACUCAUCAGACAGCAGAUCGAGUACAAAACCCUGAUCCUGAACUGCGUGAACCCGGACAACGAGAACAGCCCUGAGAUCCCGGUGAAGGUGCUGAACUGUGACACCAUCACCCAGGUCAAGGAGAAGAUCCUGGACGCCGUCUACAAGAACAUGCCCUACUCCCUGAGGCCGCGCGCCGUGGACAUGGACCUGGAGUGGCGCCAGGGACGCAUGGCACGGGUCGUUCUGCAGGACGAGGACAUCACCACCAAGAUAGAGAACGACUGGAAGAGACUCAACACGCUGAUGCAUUAUCAGGUGUCAGAUCGCUGUGUGGUGGCGCUGGUGCCCAAGCAGACAUCCUCCUACAACAUACCUCCGUCGGCCAGCAUAUCACGGAGCUCCAUCAGCCGAUACGACUCCUCGUUCCGCUACACCGGGAGCCCCGACAGCCUGCGGUCCCGAGCCCCCAUGAUCACCCCCGACCUGGAGAGCGGGGUGAAGGUGUGGCACCUGGUGAAGAACCACGAGCACGGGGACCAGAAGGAGGGCGACCGCGGCAGCAAGAUGGUCUCUGAGAUCUACCUGACCAGGCUGCUGGCCACCAAGGGUACGCUGCAGAAGUUCGUGGACGACCUGUUCGAGACCCUGUUCAGCACGGUGCACCGUGGCAGCGCCCUGCCGCUCGCCAUCAAGUACAUGUUCGACUUCCUGGACGAGCAGGCCGACAAGCACGGCAUCCACGACACGGACGUCCGGCACACCUGGAAGAGCAACUGCCUCCCCCUGCGGUUCUGGGUGAACGUGAUCAAGAACCCCCAGUUCGUGUUCGACAUCCACAAGAGCAGCAUCACGGACGCGUGCCUCUCGGUGGUGGCCCAGACCUUCAUGGACUCCUGCUCCACCUCCGAGCACCGGCUGGGCAAGGACUCCCCCUCCAACAAGCUGCUCUACGCCAAGGACAUCCCCAACUACAAGAGCUGGGUGGAGAGGUACUACGCGGACAUCAACCGCCUGCCCGCCAUCAGCGACCAGGACAUGAACGCCUACCUGGCGGAGCAGGCGCGCCUCCACUCCCAGGAGUUCAACAUGCUCAGCGCCCUCAACGAGAUCUACUCCUACAUCAGCAAGUACAGCGAGGAGAUCACCGCAGCGCUGGAGCAGGACGAGCAGGCCAGGAAACAGAGGCUGGCCUCUAAGGUGGGGCAGCUCAUCGCCGCCAUGUCCAAGGACAGCUGAGAACCACUGAGGCAGUAGGAGGAGGAGACCACGAACCAAUAGAGAAAGGAACAAAUGGGGAAGGGGCGGGGCCUCCACUUUUAUCGGACCACGGGAUCGGUCCGUCGGCCGUUGCUUGCCUCUGGUUGUCGCGGAGACAGAAACCAAAGGCCGAGCGCCUGGGACCUAUUUAUUCACAGAACAGAAGGACUGCACACAUUGCAACUGUUCUGUUUGGUUUCGUGUUUGAUUGGUUGCCUGUUUUAUCCUCAUGACGGGGCAACUCCAGCUCCCACAGACUUCUGCUUGGGGGACCAAAAGACAGAGAAUUUCAUUGGUCCAGGUGCGAGUGAUGUCAUGAGGGCCGGACCUGGGCUCUGAACACGCACACUGGCCGCCACAGAGCUCCUCGUCUUUCGGUUGUUUUCAUUUUCUUGUUGUUGACUUUGGUUUAACAGGAGGAUGUUGAAUAUGUGGUGCGAGGAAAAGGCGGUUUGAAGCUGACGGAAAUCAAAGACUGCGAGAAGGAAAGGAGAGAUCAGACGACGUACUCUGCUUCGACAGUAGCUCAAAUCUUCCUGUGAACCGCAGACAAAAAGAAAUCCGCAAAACAAGUUGCGUGUCACGUUCCUAGGCAGAGAUAUUGCUUCUUCCUGAGUUCUUGUUAUUAUUUUAAAUUUUUAUUUUUCUACACGCACAUUUAAAUCGUAUCGUUUGCAUAAAAAUAAAUCGUCACAGGGUCCCAAAAGACUUGUUUAAAGAUGUUGCUGGUAUGUGGAGGCAUGCCGAGUAACCCCCCCCCUCCCUUCAUCCUUCAUGUUGGAACAGAAGAGAUCUUUCAAAUGAAACAAAAUAUUAAAGAAUAGGUCUGCUCUUUAUUCACAUGACGCUGUACAGGAAAUCACUGCAUUCAUCUUCAUAGUAUCACUUCCUUUGGAAAGCCUCCUCUUCAGGUCAACGUUCAGCUCGCUUGCUUUUGUGAGCUGAAGAGAAUGAUGAAGAGGAUGAUGAUGGUGACUACGAUGACGAGCCAAAGACAUCCGUCCUUGGCUCUCUACUUAGCAGUCCGACAAUGUGUGUGCGUACGAGUGGCGAGCACGAUGUAUGUAGCCAUCAGUCUGGAACCUCUCAGUUCGUUUUUGAUUUCCUCGGGGCAUUAUCAACGGGCGGGGACCAAAAGGCCUCUGGACGCGAUUGGAUUGACCUUCAACCAAUCAGAGCAAAGCAACGUGUGCGUAGCGCCGAGCGAUAAUAUGGCAAACACAUCUUCUCAACAAAAGCUUUAAGUGCAGUGUAUGUUCUUCAUUUAGAGAAAAUAUUCCAUCCGUUUGUUUAAUAGCGUCGCAACAGCGAAGUGGAACAGGGCCGAUGGAAAGUCCCCCAUCGACCCUUCUCUGUACGGUAUUCGUCUCAAACCCUCUCUGUGUAAGAUAAAGGUUAUGAUUGGCCGAAUCCAGUCCAGGUCAGCUGGAGAUCAGUCUGAACGGGAGGGGGGCCAGACCAGGGCAAAUCAAACAUGGGCUGGCGGAGUCGCCAGGGUCCCAGGCUACCAUGGAUGUGAAUGUAGAGAUGUUUCCCUCAUGUGUAUCCACCCGUCCGUCCCCACUUAGCAAACAACACAAAACUGUGUUACGCCGCGUUCACACUGUACACGUCUGUUGACGGAUGACAGAGGGCCUGUCUGAUGUAUGGGGACGCGAUCUGAUUGGCCAACGGAUCCGUCCCUGUCAGACAAGUUGAACGUUUCUCAACAGUUUGACGCAGGCAACGAAGCCAACAGAACGGACGGACAAUGCAUUUCGAGAGCGCCCCUUGCAAAGUCAAUGGGAGCCGUCAACGGAUGGAUGCAGUGUGAAUGCUGCGUUAGGCUGAGCUGGCUGCUUACGAGACGUUGCGGUAGCUAGUCGAAUGAACACGUGCAUCCUUGCUUUCCCUGGCCCGAUGCCCUCUACGACAGCACACCACUUAUUAUCCAAGCUCUGUGCUGGUGUCAUAUAGUCCAGCCUGUAACAUUGUGUGUCAUGGGGGGUUGUCUGCGAUGUACACCGAGGAAACGACCGAGCAAAAGGCUGGUGUCCCCAAUGCAACACCACCGCUGCUGGCUGCAGACCCCAACCCUCCGUCGUAUAAUCACUGUUUGUAUUUCUCCAGGGGGAACCUAGUUAAGUACAGGUGUAUUUUUGCAUGCACAGUAUCACACAUUCAAUGUUGUUGCUUUUCUUUUGAAGAAUCCAUCUUUGGCUUUUGUUUUAAAGUGCCAAUGAGUCAUGCUGUCUCCUUCGUUAUCCCGAGGAGACGCUUGUGUACAGACGUUUCUCCCCUAGCCACUGCAAAAUGUCUUUCGCACAGACAACAAGGACGAGAAAAUACCUUUGUGGGCCUCAUCGGACGAAAGUGCCAAAAUACCCUGUUGCUUUUAAAUUAUUUACUCAUGUGUCAAAAUCGGUUUAUGCUUUACAGAGGGAGCUAAGCCCUCGAACGCCGAGAGAGGGGGAGAGUGUGAAAGUGGGAACUGGCAUAACCGCAACAGAUGAGAUGCACAUUGAGAAACUUCUGAAAGGUACGCGUUCCCCUCAGUGAAAUAUGCGGGACUGCAGAAGUCUGAAGUUCUUUGAUUUGUUUUGUUCUAAUGGUGACGAAGUCUUAAAGAGGACAUCUAAAAAAUAAAAUAAAAAGCUUUGGCAUGUGGUAGACAAUUAGAAAGCUUACUUUGAAAACCAAACAGCCUCCAGCUGAGAGGUAACCAACUCUCCAACCUCAUAGCUGGACGGCCAUAAACUGUAGACGCCCAUCUAUACUCUGGCGAUGUGAUUUUGACAACUUUAUCAGUUUGCUUGUCUUGCCAAACGAAGUUGCUGGAAGCAGGUCGUAUCCACGGUGCUGACACCACACUCACGUACUGAGAGCAUGUCCAACAACAGCAGAGGGGUGAAAGGUGCUCCUCCAUUUCUCCGUGGCCUUAGAAAUCUCCACCUCCACCGUCACCCAACCUGUGUUUCUUAACCCACACUCGAAACCGUGAACUCUUCCCCCGGCACUCGUCUGUCUGAGCUUAGCGUGGGAGACGGCGAAGCCCCCGGCCCAACGCCAGCGUUCGGAGCAUGAUAGAUGUCAGAUGAAGAAGGGAAGUCCUUCUGUCCGUUCGUCCUGGCCCACGUAGGGCAAUGCCUCGCUCAGCACUCGGCCUGUCUGAGCGGCUUUC